CCGUGGGUGUUGCGCAUGCGCAGAGCGAGGCGCGAAGCCGCGGGGGACGGGCAGGGCGCUGAGGGCGGCACUGCGCGUGCGCCGGGAGCGCGGCGCUUGCGCGCUGAGCCGGGUGAGGCGCUGGCGCAUGCGCAGAGCGCCCCCGGCGGGAGGGCAGGAGGGACCAUGGCGGCGCCGUGGGAAGCGCUGAGGGCGGCGGUGGCCGCCGUGCUGCUGCUGGGCUGGGGCGCGCACGGGCUCUACUUCCACAUCGGGGAGACCGAGAAGCGCUGCUUCAUCGAGGAGAUCCCCGACGAGACCAUGGUCAUCGGCAAUUACCGGACGCAGCUGUGGGACAAACAGUCCGAGUCCUUCCUGCCCUCCACGCCCGGGCUGGGCAUGCACGUGGAGGUCAAGGACCCCGACGGAAAGGUGGUGAUGUCGCGGCAGUACGGCUCCGAGGGGCGCUUCACCUUCACGUCGCACACGCCGGGCGAGCACCAGAUCUGCCUGCACUCCAACUCCACCCGCAUGGCGCUGUUCGCCGGCGGCAAGCUGCGGGUGCACCUGGACAUCCAGGUGGGCGAGCACACCAACAACUACCCCGAGAUCGCCGCCAAGGACAAGCUGACGGAGCUGCAGCUCCGCGCGCGCCAGCUGCUCGACCAGGUGGAGCAGAUCCAGAAGGAGCAGAACUACCAGCGGUACCGCGAGGAGCGGUUCCGCAUGACCAGCGAGAGCACCAACCAGCGCGUGCUCUGGUGGUCCAUCGCCCAGACCGUCAUCCUCAUCCUCACCGGCCUCUGGCAGAUGCGGCACCUCAAGAGCUUCUUCGAGGCCAAGAAGUUGGUGUAGCCCCCCAAAAGCCCCUCGGGGGGCUCCCCAAAACCCACCCUCAGCCCCGUCAUGGGGGAUCCCCCCCACCCUGGGGUGCUGGGGAGGGACCCCAGGGGUUCCCCAAACCCAUCCCACCCACCCUGGGGUGCUGGGGAGGGCCCCCCACUCCCUGCCGGGACCCCAAACCCAUCCCGGGGUGCUCCCUGCGGAUUUUGGGGUGCCCUGCCUGCUAUGGGGGGAGCAGAGAAGCACCACUCCACAAGUUGGGGGGAAAUAAAGGUUUUUUGGUUCCA